AUGGCGGAGCGGGAGAAGCGGGAGGGAUCAGCGACGAUGGAUCUCAUCGGAAGUCUCAUCCCGUAUGCCAUCUGCGCCCUCGCAUCGGCCAUAGCGACGGCAUGGCUGAUCGAGGUCGGGAGGGGGAGGCGAGGAGACCUCCAAGAGUUCUCGAGGCUGUUCACGAAGACAAGCGGAUUCUCCGAGGCUGAGGACGCGGAGGCAUUUCGAAAAGUUCGCAAGUACUGGGAUGAGCGACCCUGCAACUCUGGUUGGAAGUUUCCAGGCAUCGAGUUCGGGUCCAAGGAGGUGAAAGAGAGGAGUAGCGUCGCUGGGAUUGACCUGGAUCGAUUGAUAGCACUGGGAAGAAGUGACGAGGAGGAAGAAUAUCACAUCCCCGUGUUCGCGGAGUUCGACAAGUGGAAGGGAAAGAGGGUGCUUGAGAUUGGCGGAGGAAUCUGCACGACAGCGACAAGUUUUGCGAAGGCUGGUGCCAAGAUUACUGUUGUAGAGUUGUCGCCGAAGAGCAUGGAGUUAUGUCAGAAACGCUUCAAGAUCUUGGGGUUGGAGGACAGAGCAACAUUCUAUGUUGCCAACGCGGAGUCGCUGAGCUCCGUGGUUCCUGUUGAGACCUAUGACCUGGUUUGGUCGUUUGGAGUGAUUCAUCACAGUCCUAAUCCUGAGAGAAUCAUCGACCAGAUCAAGCAGUACAUGGGGAAAGAAUCAAAGCUGAAGCUCAUGGUCUACUCGAAGAUCAGCUUCAAGUUGUUUUGGGUCUUGAACCACACAAGGCAGUGGAGCUUCGCAAAGAUGGACGAGGUCGUCGCUCACUACUCGGAGGCAAGGGAAGGCAGUCCGGUCACCUACACCUACUCCUACAGGGGUCUUGCGAAGCUCCUGCAGGACUUUGAUGUCCUGUACAUGGGGAAAGCGCACAUUUUUCCAUAUCAGAUCGAGCCGUACAAGAGCGGCAAGUACGUCGUCGAUCCUUUGUGGCAGGGAGUCUCGAAAGGAAGAUGGGAGGAGCUCGAGGAGGAGCUGGGCUGGCACCUCCUGGCAGAGGCGAGGAUGAGCGAAGGAGGAGAGAGGAAGGAGAUCAUCUUCGAGUCUUCCGUCUCCUCCAGGUUCGAAGGGCUACGAGGCGUGCUCCCCAAGGAGUAG